CUCUCUCUCCCAGCUGGGUAUACACAUGCUCACUCGCACAAGCGCUCUGCCUCUCUGAUACAGACUCUCUACUUAGUGGCUUGGAGAGAGGACUGUGGCUCACAGCUUCUCAAUGAGGGGAUGCAGCCAAGGGAAGACAGAGCGCUCCUUCCUCGGGAGCCUUCCGCUGCAUGCGUGACAAGGAGUGUGAGGGUGGGGGGUGUGCACAAAAGAAGCUUCCCAGUCAUCGCAACAUAGGAGUUCUACUUCACGGAGAGAGCAAGGCGCGACGGCUGGGGCGGCCGAGAGGAACGGAGAUCUAUCUCCACGUGUGAAGCUGAUUACUGCCAUGACAUGAUGAGCCACCGCUUCCUCCAUCCACUGGGUGACACAGACCUGAGGGUGCGCUGGCUUUGGUGACUUUUGUGUUUCCAAGGAAUUCAAAGAAAAGGAACAGUGCAGAUCCAAAGGACGGAAAAGAACAGUCUUGGCCAAGCACCUUUUGUUCUGGGUUCGGCUAAUUUGGAAUUUCAGGCAGGAAGGUUUCUACAGGAUGGAUGGAUUGAAAGAGUGAGCCGGCUGGGGAGUCAGACGCUUGAACCGUGACUUGGUCCUCUGAAACUUACUACUCAGAAUGUCCUGGUUUUUGGCAAUGUGGGUCAGCCUCAGCUUCCUGUUGCUGUGCCAAGCGACACUCUACCAGAGCAUCCAGCAGCAGCACGUGGCCCGGCCAGGUCGAACUGACAUUCUCACCCUGGAGGGCGGUACGUGUGAGGUGAUCGCAGCCCACAGAUGCUGUAACAAGAAUCGCAUCGAGGAACGCUCUCAGACCGUCAAGUGCUCCUGUUUACCGGGAAAAGUGGCAGGAACAACACGCAACAAACCUUCCUGUGUGGAUGCGUCCAUUGUAAUUGGGAAAUGGUGGUGUGAGAUGGAACCAUGUCUGGAGGGAGAAGAGUGCAAGACUCUGCCUGACAAUUCUGGAUGGAUGUGCUCCUCCGGGAAUAAAAUCAAGACCACAAGGAACACCCAGCAGCCAUACUCCCCUUUUUAGCUUCCGGAAGCAAAAUGCAGAGGAAACGUCAACCGAAAUUGAGCUGCAUUCUUGCUUCUGUAAAGAUUCAUCCCAGGACCUAACGACGAGCUCCCAUCGCAGCACUCUGCGCCAGCCUUUCCUCCUCUCAUCUAUCCUUUCUCUUCCUGUCGACUGGUGUAAAACUAUUACAUCCGAGGCUGGUGACUGGAUUACCUGGGACCACAGAAAGGAUAUCCACCUAGAUAAAACAGCUUUGCUCGUGUGGCGCCAAGGAUUUCAAACGGCGUUAAUCCCCUGUUUGAUCAAGGAGCGCCAUGUUGGUGAAUCUCCUCAGCCCUACAGCUGCGGCCGGCUUGCUACCAACUCGCUCCUGGUUUCCUUCUUGUGCCGUACGUAAACUGAAGCAGCUCAGUCGGGGUCAUUUUGAACAUUAUGUGAAGACUUUCACGCCGCCGGUCUAAAAUGGUAAAAGACGCCGAGAAGCCGACGGGCGACCAGAGCAUGGAACUAAAAGCACAAAGGCGGGAGAUUACCUUGAUAACCUUUUCUUUCGGCGUGGAUAGCUGCCUUUGUGUUUGACUUGCUUACAAGAUGACUUUGUAGGGACCACGUAGGAGUGAGAAAGAAUUAGCCAGCCUGGAUGAAGUUAAUCAGUUUUCUGCUUUGUGACUCAAACGUCUGCCCUCAUGGCCUCACCUUUUGCGGUCAAUAACGAACUUUCCAUUUGACGUCUUGACCUUGAAGGCAUGUACAUUCUACAGCGCUAGUUUUCUUUGUACGUGAGGACACGUUUGCGUGUGUGUAUAUAGAUAUCUAAAUAAAAGACAUAUAUGGCAGCAAAUCCAACAAACUGAAAAGUAUAUUUAAGACUAUUUGGAGCUUAACCCCCACUGUGGUUAUCUUUUGUUUGUUUGUUUUCUUCUGGGGUCAAAGUGCGAUUCAUACAUGUGGAAAGCCCUUCAUUGACGUCUGUACUGAAAAAGAUGCAAAGUGUAAAAAUAUAAUACGUCAUUGGUCAUGUCAAGCCAGAACAUGCCGGUAAAGAUGAGGAAAACAAUGUAUAGGCCUGCCUCACAAAGCAACAGUCUCAGAUCGGCAACCGUUGCCCCCCCCCCCCCCCCGUCCUGAAAAAAAACGUAAUUGGAACAUGAACGUGUCUCUCGCUGCUGAAAGUGGUCGUAAGUAAUCCGUGAACGUUUGCUGUUUCAAUGUACUUCUCACAUCACAGACUGUGACAAUUCAGGUGAAAUAUUCCGAAACAGAGAGGCGGUAUUGACAACUACGGAAAGAGAAAUGCUGUUGUCCCCCAGUAGAGAUCCGAGUAUAUUACAGGAGAGCCUCAUGAGAAAUAAAAAUGCUUUUCUAUACUGA